CUUCUUGAUUAUUAGUAUCCUCCGGGUCUCUCUCAUCUCAUUACCUCUUCUUUUAUCUCUCGAUAUUCAUCCUUUCAUAUACAGACAACGAUCCCAACAGGUUCGGUCACAUUGUCGCCGUCGCAUCACUUCACCCGUCAAUCUUUCGCCACAGCCAGCGACACGCUUGUGCAAACCAACACGGUUCUGCCCCACCAGCUCGGCCGAUAUACACUCACAGCUUUGCCCCGCCUCCGCCGCAAUUUGGCUUUCGUCCUCGCCGCCGUCAAACGGACCAAACCGCUCACAAUCACUCGUCUGGAGAAACACCCAUCUCGCCUCGAAGCCCUCUUUGUCGCAUUGUCUGAAACUAGCUCACAUCGCGACACACGCAACGUCAACCGUCCGCGAACAUGGCCGCUCGACCUGCUGCAGGCGCGCCAGCCGCCGCUCCGGCUGCACCGGUGGGUGCAUCGGGAGGUUCGAGAAAGAUCUCCUUCAAUGUGUCGGAGCAGUAUGACAUCCAAGACGUCGUUGGAGAGGGAGCUUACGGUGUCGUGUGCUCGGCGCUACACAAACCAUCGGGCCAGAAAGUCGCCAUCAAAAAGAUCACACCAUUCGACCACUCCAUGUUCUGUUUACGAACGCUGCGAGAGAUGAAGCUACUACGGUACUUCAACCACGAGAACAUCAUUUCAAUCCUCGACAUCCAAAAGCCGCGCAACUAUGAGACUUUCAGCGAGGUCUACCUCAUUCAAGAGCUGAUGGAAACGGACAUGCACCGCGUCAUUCGCACACAGGAGCUUUCCGACGACCACUGCCAAUACUUCAUCUACCAAACACUACGCGCCCUCAAGGCUCUACACUCGGCCAAUGUGCUCCACCGAGAUCUCAAGCCUUCCAACCUACUUCUCAAUGCCAACUGCGAUCUCAAGGUCUGCGAUUUCGGCCUCGCCCGUUCCGCCGCCAGCACAGAGGACAACCAAGGCUUCAUGACGGAAUACGUUGCUACACGUUGGUACCGUGCGCCGGAGAUCAUGUUGACCUUCAAGGAAUACACAAAGGCCAUCGACGUGUGGUCCGUCGGCUGCAUUCUCGCCGAAAUGCUCAGCGGCAAGCCCCUCUUCCCCGGAAAGGACUACCACCACCAACUCACCCUGAUCCUGGACGUUCUGGGAACACCCACCAUGGAGGACUACUACGGCAUCAAAUCGCGCCGUGCACGGGAAUACAUCCGGAGCUUGCCUUUCAAGAAGAAGAUUCCGUGGAAGGUCAUGUUCCCGAAGACUUCCGACUUGGCUCUUGAUCUGCUCGAGAGGCUCCUGGCGUUCAACCCGGUCAAGCGCAUCAGCGUGGAGGACGCGCUCAAGCACCCUUACCUCGAGCCCUACCACGACCCGGAGGAUGAGCCGACGGCGGAUCCCAUUCCGGAGGAGUUCUUCGAUUUCGACAAGAAGAAGGAUAAUUUGAGCAAGGAACAAUUGAAGAAACUUAUCUACGAAGAGAUUAUGCGGUAGACAUCGCAUUUCAGGCCUAUACCUCUGUGUGUGUAGCUUGUCCACCCGAAUACCCCAGCGUUUGCACACCUGUGCUCCCGCCUUCUGGAUGUCCUCGUAUUGACAUUGUUGUUCAAUGCCCAAGGCAUCCGAGUGACCAGCGGCCUCAGGCCGGAAUCUAAUCGGUCUCCAUAGAUACCUAGGUAGUUCAUAAAUAAAGUCCUCACCGCUAAUUAUUAUGUUGGUGAGGUCAUUCUACAAUCAAGGUACUUUUGGAUUGCGCCUGAAGACUUCGUU